AUGGAACACCUGCCCGCCGAUGUUCUCAGCCGUAUCAUGGCUGCGGCUGGGCCAAGGAGCCUUGCCAGGUCCAAACAAGUCUGCUCGGCGUGGAACAGGGCCCUCGGUGCUCCAGGAGUCACGGGAUACAUCCCGGAGCACCACAGGACAACGCUGUUCGUGUGCGCACAGCAGCACGCCGGCCCGGGAGGGACGGAGCAAGGCGCAGCGGACGACUUGACGCACAUCACUCGCGGGCUCAGCUGGGCGCAAGCUCACCAUGCAGACCUCCUGCACGCCGACACCCUCGCCGUCCUCGCCCCCGCCGAGCUCCGCGGCGCCGCGCUGUGCGCUCCGGCCUGCGUCACCGCGGUCGCCGUGUGUGUUCAGCGCGAGGACACCGGUGCCCGCCCGCCACAGCCCUGCGACGCGGCAGGCGCUGGCGAUGCGACAGCGGCGCCGCAGGCGGCGAUCCAGUACCCGGGCGCGCGCAACGUCGAAGUCACUGUCCCGCGCCACCGGAUCCCGCACACGUGGCAGCUCCUCCGCGACAACCUGCCCGCCAUCGCCCCGAAGUGCCGGCGCCUCUCCUUGAUGGCGAGCGAGCGCGGCAGCGCGGCCGGUAUCGACGUGAUCGACGCCGAAGAGCCCCGCUCGGCCGCUCCACCGCCCUGCAUCACACACGAGGCGUGGCCGUCGUGGAUCGCGCAGCUUGAGGCGAUCCGACUGUCCUGCGCGGUCGUGCCGCAGUCCGAUGGCUCUGAGACGACGGCGCACGGAUUUCUCGCCGCGUCGGGGCCGCUCCCGAGGCUCGCGGAGCUCCAAGUGUGCAACGUGGCCACAGGAACGUUCGACAGCCCCGUCUUCGUCCUGCCGGCGCCCGACCGCUGCGGCGGCGGUGCGGGCCUCGCGUCGCUGUCGCUCGCGAACUUCCAGCUCGAGCCGGCGGACGGGACUGGCGGUGACGGCACUCCCCUGGAUGACAUCCUGCAGCACAGCAACCUCCGGAGGCUGUCGCUCCAGGCCGUGCACGUCGGGUGCGACGCGCGUGGCGACGGCGGCGCGUCGGCGCUGCUCGGAGAAGCGGCGUCGAAGCGGCUGCGGGGACUCAGGGUGCUCGAGCUGCGCGAUCAGCUGCACGGCGACGUCACGUUGGACGUCGACGGGUGGUGCGACCAGCUGGAGGAGCUCGCGCUCGGCGGGAUCAUGCACGAGAAGAGCGCGCAGGGGCGCUGGAUCGCCGCGGACGUCCACCUGCGGCGCCCCCGCCUCGUCAACCCGUCGUCGCUCGCGCGCCUGAGCCGCCUCAGGUCCCUCGAGAUCUCCUACCUCCGCGAGGGCGCCGUGCACGCCGCGAUGGAGACCAGCGCUGCCGCCAACGGCCCCGCAGUGCCGCUCGGCGCCCAACUCCCGCUCUGCCUCGCGCCGCUGCACCAGCUCGAGCGCCUCGUGCUCGACCGCGCGGGCGCCGUCGGCGCCGACGCCCUGGCGCAGCUCGCCGCCGCGAUGCCGGGUCUGCAGCACCUGCGCCUGGUUGACGCGUGGCCUGCGGACGAGGAGCUGCCGGCGGCGCUCGCGUCGCUGCGCAAGCUGCGCGCUCUCGAGGUGGAGUCCAGUGGCAGCGGCGGGAUCCGGCAGGGCGCCGUGGUGAACGCGGCGGCGGCGCUGGCGGGCAUGCCGUGGCUGCGGCGGCUGUCUCUGCGCAACAUGGAGCUCCUGCAUGGAGGGAAAGGCGCAGAUGCGGCAGUGGGCGAGCUGGCGAGCCUGACGUGGCUGGAGGACCUCGACGUGGCGGCGUGUGGGACGCGCAGCCGCGGCGUCCGGACGCCCCCGCGGGCCCUCGGGCACCUCAGGAGCCUCCGGCGCCUCGCAAUCGGGUCCCGUGCCAUGACGAUCCGCACCUACGACGACCUGCAGUGGCUCGAGGACCUACUCGAACUCGACGAAGUCACGAUCGCCGUCGCGGUGAGCAGGGCUGUUCGCGCACGCGCCCGGCCUCGCCCCGCGCCCGCGUCGCCGACGACGGAGCGUCGUGCGCGGUGCACCGCAGGAGCGUCCGUCGGCGGAGGAGGACGAGAUGUGCGGGGGGCGGCGGCUGCCGUUCGUGGAGACGACGGCGGGGGCGGCGAUCGCGCACCUGCAGAGGCAGCUGGAGCGGCGACGCGCGCGGGACGUGGCCCGGAGACACCCCCUUGUGCUGGUGCAAAAGUUGGACAUCUGUUACUGACGGCGGGGGGCGGGGAGGUCGCGCGGUACAGCGGUCGUGGCGGCGGCGUGCGCCCGUGGGGGCGGGAGCUGGUGGGCUCGGCGAGGGCGUGGCCGGAGGGCGGGGCCGUUUCUGCUUUGGGGAAUGUUGUGUGCGUCUCCCCGGCGGUCGACGUGUGA